AUAUGUAUCAUCUUCUUCUUCUUCCUCUUCAAAAUGUCUUCAAAAAUCAAAAAGAAAUGGAACUGCAUCACUUCCAAUGGAACAGCAGGCUGUGGUUGUAGCAAGCCCAAAUUAUCAGAAAUCGUCCAACCCAAGCCCAAGACAAAGCCCAAACCCGAGCCCAACUCUCACUCAUCUUCAACCUCUAAUUCAGAUUCACCAUCUCCGCCGUUAGAUUACGAUCAGAUUGUUGAUAACAAAAGUCCUAAUUUACCAGCGAAGAUCGUCGGAAGUGUCGCCGUCGUCAAGGAUUCCGAUGAUCCGUUUGGGGAUUUCCGGCAAUCGAUGUUGCAGAUGAUAAUGGAGAAGGAGAUUUACUCGUACGAUGAUUUGACUGAGCUUUUGAAUUGCUUUUUACAGCUGAAUUCGCCUUCUCAUCAUGAAAUUAUUGUUCAAGCUUUCAUGGAGAUCUGGAAUAAUGGAAAAAUUGUUUCGAAGGAGGAGCCUAGCUAACCUUUUUUUUUUUCGUUUGUUUGUUUGAAUUGGCACUUGCUGUAGCUUACUUUUUUUUCAGAUUCUUCAAAAAUAUUAUAGGAAAGGCAUGCUGGAAUCGGAGAAUUUGACAUGAACGAUGCCUUAUAUUUGAAGAUUAUGUUAGUAAAAUUCUUUUAAAAUGUCAUGAUUAUGCAAGUUAGUUCCAUUAGAAUU